ACUUUUCUUAUCUUAUGAGCCAACCAGUUAUGAAAGCUUUAAGCACGACUUCUCCUUUAUCUGCUGCAACGUGGGUGGAGGUUUCCUUGCAAGAACGGGUUGGAAUCCUGGCAAUUACUGAGUUUGGUAUCAGAAUCAAGUGGCAUCAAUACAGAUGGAUGAAUUGAUCCAAGAAGAUGGGCUAGAGCCGAAAGGUGUGAGACAUCGUUGCGUUGGUUUUGUAAAAUGGCCCAGGCUGGUUUUGGUCCGGGUCGAAAUGAAGGGGCCAACUGUCUUAGGUGGGGGUUCUAGAAACUAGCCCAGAAAGAGUAAAAAGACUCAAUGGGCAACUCACAAAUGGCAAGCGUGGCAAUUUCGUGAUCACAUUUCUCCAGGAAGCGCCAAUGCUAACUGUAACAAACCAAGUAACGAACCAAAAUAACAAGUUCCAGUAGCUGUGUUGCCAUGGCUUCCAUGGCACAAUUUUGUUACAUUCUUGGACCCUCAAACCUUAAGCAAAAGUACAGCAGUUCCAGAUUUGGCUUCGAAAAUCCCAUUUAUAGAAAGAAUGCUCUCUCUUCUAUCGAUUUAAAAUUUCAUGCAAAGCCAUCAUCGGUCUCUUCUUCCGUCGUUUGUUCUGCUGCUAAUAAGCCCUCUUCCUCCUCGGAAAUUAGUUCUGCAGCCAAGAUAAGGAGUGAAGUUCUCUCUCCCUUUCGGUCUGUUCGGAUGUUCUUUUACCUUGCGUUCAUCGCAAGUGGUGCCUUGGGAGGAUUAAUAGCCUUUACACAGUUAAUUGCUGCCCUAACUAAUCCUGCAAGAUCGUCUGAAGUCCCUGACCUUUUAACAAGUCUUGGCAUAGACGUUGCUGCAGUAUCUAUCUUUGCAUUUCUGUAUUUCAGGGAGAACACUGCUAAGAACGCACAAAUAGCCAGACUCUCAAGAGAAGAAAGCCUUUCAAAUCUUAAGCUUCGAGUGGAUCAAAAUAAGAUCAUUUCUGUCAGCAGUUUGAGAGGAAUUGCUCGUCUUGUAAUAUGUGCCGGCCCUGCAUCAUUCAUCUUAGAGUCUUUUAAAUCUAGUGAGCCAUUCACUGAGGGCCUUCUGCAAAGAGGAGUGUUGGUGAUUCCUUUUGCUACAGAUGGGAAUUCACUUAGUCUUGACUUUGAUGACAGUGAAGACAUGAAAGAGAUAACCACGAAAAGAAAGAGGCUUUGGCAGUUGACCCCUGUUUAUGUUUCUGAGUGGUCCGAGUGGUUGGAUGAACAAAAGAAAUUGGCUGGUGUAUCCCCUGAAUCUCCUGUUUAUUUAUCCCUGCGCUUGGAUGGUCGUGUGCGUGGAAGUGGCGUUGGUUAUCCUCCUUGGAAUGCUUUUGUCGCUCAGUUGCCACCUGUAAAGGGACUAUGGUCUGGUCUUCUUGAUGGAAUGGAUGGAAGAGUUCUUUGAAUGAAGGACUGCUUGCAAUCUAAGCUAAACACAAGCUGUCAACCAACAUCAGUUUGAUUAACAAUUUUAGCUCCACCAUUAUGCUAGCAGAUUCAUUUUCCUUCUCUCUAGUUCUUUACCUGGAGAUCUUGCAAGGUUCUGCCCCUCCUGUUGUAUGAUAGUUAGAUAUAAGACUUUUUCAGUUUCUAUGCCAAAGCAAUAUCAUGUAUCUGACAAUGCUGUUUUGUUUAAUCCUUUUAUCUAUGAUACCACUAUUAAGUAAUCACAUUUUCAGGGUUUGUACGAUAUCAUAACGAGAAACCUGGAAGAACUGAAUUAUAACACAUCUCUGUGUAUUGCUAAGUGGCUGUGGUAACAUCGUGUUAUGCCAGGAUUGUUUUUCUAUUUGAACAAAGAUAAUUUCAUUCAUACAUGAAAAUAGAAGGUUUUUUGUCUAUCAAUCUUGAAAAACAGUUAUGCAAUUUGGUGGGCGAGGGCUCAGCUAGAUCUUCAGAUUAUGUAUGAGGUUGACAGGUGCUCCAGUUACAUAUUCGAUGUAUCCCUACAUAUAACCUUGGCUGGAACAAGAAAUGAAACAUGGUUGAGCAUCAAAGGAUUGAU